CACCUGACAUUGUGUCCAUCCGACAGACUCUAACCGACUCGGUCGAUCCUCUUGUUCACUCUAGCUUAUUAUUUUAAAAUAACCAUGUCUCAAAUGUUGAUUCUGUUGGUUUUGAUCGGUUCGAUGUCUGCCGCUUUGGCCAGCUUCAAUCCCCACGGUCAGCCGCUCUUUUCAGCGGUGACGUCUUACACGUUUACCGUCGUGACGACGAACACCACCAAGAAGAUGUCCUGCUACACCACGGAAGGCCAAGUCUCUCAAUGUCGUCGUAAGCGCGGCAUUGAAGAGAAGCCGAUCCUGUUGAACAGAAAUUGGCCAAUUUCACCAUCGGCGGUUAUCGGGAUUGAAUCUACUCCGGUCCCGAUGCUCCCAAUCUUUCAUCAGCGAGAUAUUGGUUCGUUGGACUUUUUCAACGUCAACCCGAUCGUCGGAUCGAUGGACGACUCCUACCAGAAAUAUCAAAAUCUUUUCCAUCAACUUUCGUCUAAAGACAAGAAGAACAACGUCAUCUCGGUCGGCAACUGCGGCAUGUCGACGGUCAACUUUAGCCAGUUCCUCUCCUGCCUGGGAUUGACUGUCCAGGAAACGACCACUCUGACGGCAACCUUUACGAAAACCCAGACCUAUUUUUCCGGUUAUAACAGAAUGACUGUGAAGAAUUGCACUCCGGCCGGAUUCCCUUACCAAUUCUGCCCUUAAUAAAGCGUUCUUACUACCUGUCCUACUCUUACUUCUGUACCCGGCCCUAAUUUACCUCCUGUGCUCUUCCCUUUUGCACAUUGAAUGCUUAUUUUAUUAGAGAAAAAAUUCCUUCUCUCGCUGGUCGACACCAGAAAGAUCCUGGACAUGAAACAUUUUAAUACUAACUUCCGUUUUCCCCUACCACUAUUUUUGUUAUUAGUGUAGUUUUUAAACUCACAAAGUUAUUUCUAUACUUUUCCAGUUUUUUUUUUAAUAUCUUCUUCUGCUGAAUAAUUUAUGGCUGUAUUUAAAUGUUUUUAAAUUAUUCUUCUGUUGCCGUUCUGGCAUUUCCCAUUUGAAUUAAGUAGUGAAAAAUAAAUAGCAGCACACAUUUAA